GGUUGCCUUUAAAAAGCCUAACGACCUGACUAAAAGUGGCAGGUGUUGUCUAUCAGAGACUCAACACCAUUUGAUGAUCUAGCCUCGUGGCGUUCGAAGUUCCAUGUAUGAAGGCAUAUUGUACCAGAAAGGCAACGCCACCGUUUCAGUAGAAUAUGCACUUACUUCUGGCCAUACUCAUUUCCAUUUUAUCAAACGCCCAGUCUGUCAGGGCUCAAUAUUCAAAUCAUACAAACUUUACUAUGGGGAACCAGACUUUACCAACAAUUGAUAGAGUUGAAGGGAACAUCACAUAUUAUGAUCCAAGGGCCUGGCAUGUUGCAAACACGACUGGAGUGCGGGCCUUUCCUCCCGAGAUGGAGAUGGAGACGCGCCUCAUCGGGGGCACGGAGGCUUGGGCCCACUCCUGGCCCUGGCAGGUAUCCCUGCGCUUCGCUAGCGUGCAUGCCUGUGGAGGAGCUAUCAUUUCUGACCAGUGGAUCGUCACCGCUGCUCACUGCUUCAUAAAGUAUAAAAAUCCAAUGUUUUGGACAGCAGUGGCUGGAAAACAUGAUCUAGAUGACCCCCGUGAGGCCUGUGAGCAGGUACGUGAUGUGGCCCUGAUCAUCAGCCACCAUAACUAUGACCGUAUGAAAAAAGAAAAUGAUGUUGCCCUGGUGAAUCUUAUCACCCCUCUCAAUUUUGACAUGUGUGUGAGGCCUAUCAGUAUCCUCACUGGACCUCUUCCAGUCAUGCGGAAGUGCACAAUCACUGGCUGGGGAUCCACAACAGAAAAUGGGCCGCAGAUGAAUAGGCUGCAGGAGGUGAAUGUCACCAUCAUGCCCCAGGAGACCUGCAACAGAUUUUACUAUGGCAGGGUCCUGAGCAAGAUGUUAUGUGCUGGAGAGGAGGCAGGAGGAGUGGACGCGUGUCAGGGGGACUCUGGUGGUCCUCUCAGCUGCUUCAGGGGCUUGAGCUAUCAGCUGGCCGGAAUUGUGAGUUGGGGAGUGGGCUGUGGGCGAAGCCAGAAGCCAGGGGUGUACACCAACCUACAGCACUACAAACUUUGGAUGGACACAGAAAUGACGAGUUACGAGGGCUAUAAUUACUUGGGUACAUACAGGUCUUCAGCCCACUGUGGCCAGGCAGAGAUGAAGCCCUGCAGACUCCGCAAUGUCUCUGCAGUGGUGGUGAAGACUAAAGAGGAGAUGGACAAGGAUGGGCACAGGGUGCUAAAAGUCAGCACAGCUUGCCCCUUCUCCUGGCCUUGGCAGGUCAGCCUGCAGCAUGACGGCGUGCACUACUGCAGUGGUACCCUCAUUAGUCCCCACUGGGUGCUGGCACCCAGGCACUGCCACUGCAGGGCCAUGUUGGAUUUCGUCAAUCUGGGUGUUCAUGACCUCACAUUCAAGACCUCUGAGACUAUCGUGGAGGAAGUGGUCAGCAUUGAACGAGGCGAAGGCUUCCCACCAGCGUUCGACCUCAGUCUGAUUCGGCUGAGCGAUCCAGCUCGUCUUGGCCCCACCAUUUAUCCAGUGUGCGUCCAUAAUGAGGAUGAUGAACCUGAUGAAAGCUGGUCAUGUGUGACUACAGGCUGGGGCUCUACUGACGCGUUAUAUGUGGAUCCAGAUGCUCUGCACCAGGCCAGGAUAAAUAUAGUGAACAAGACUUCCUGCAGAGCCGCAUGGGGGGAGGAUCUGAUCCUGAACACGCACAUCUGUGCAAGCGCUGCCAGCUCCCCAGCCUGCAUGGGGGAUUUUGGGGCACCACUUUUGUGUCUAAGAUAUGGAGUAUACACUCUCGUCGGUAUGGUAACAUGGUCUAGUAAGACCUGUGACCCUGAGAAACCUGCUGUAUUCACCAGAGUGUCUGCGUUUCAGUCUUGGAUUACAGACAAAACGGACAGCUGAUGAUUAUAUAUUUAAUAAAAGAUUUAGAUGAA